CCCGGAAGAUUCGGAUGCAAGUUUCGCUGCUUGACCGUGCAUCCAUAUGCUCGUGACUUAAAACGUUUUAAUGUGAUUUAGGUGCUUUUUCUACCCAGUAGUAUUUGCAGCAAUGUUAUCUUUAGACUUUCUUGACGAUGUUCGUCGCAUGAACAAGCGGCAGCUCUAUUACCAGGUGCUGAACUUUGGUAUGAUUGUUUCCUCUGCGCUGAUGAUCUGGAAGGGUCUGAUGGUUGUCACUGGCAGUGAGAGUCCAAUUGUUGUUGUUCUCAGUGGCAGUAUGGAACCAGCUUUCCACAGAGGAGAUCUGCUGUUUCUCACCAACCGGGUAGAGGAUCCCAUUAGAGUCGGAGAGAUUGUCGUCUUCAGAAUAGAAGGCAGAGAAAUCCCAAUAGUACACAGAGUACUAAAGAUCCAUGAAAAGGAAAAUGGAGACAUUAAGUUCUUGACCAAAGGGGACAACAAUGCAGUGGAUGACAGAGGACUGUACAAGCAGGGCCAACACUGGCUGGAGAAAAAAGAUGUGGUGGGACGAGCUAGAGGGUUUGUGCCAUACAUUGGAAUUGUCACCAUUCUCAUGAACGAUUACCCCAAGUUCAAAUAUGCGGUUCUCUUCAUGCUGGGUCUCUUUGUGUUGGUCCAUCGGGAGUGAGCCAAACUUCAGGACUCCAGAAGGAUAAACUACGUCCAGGAAGCCUCAGUCAUGCCUUUCAAAACAGAACUAAGUUAACCCAACUGGCUCUUUUGUACCAUUUGUUUGAACAUUUUGUAGAAAUGUGGAUAGGGUGUUUACAUUUGAAAAAUCCAAGCUUUAAAAUAUUUUUGUGAGGGAACUAGGCUAGAUUUAGUUUGAAAUCGAUCUUUAUUUGUAAUCCUCAGAAUGUGAAAGAGCAUUCAUCGAGAUAAAUUAAGUCUUGUUUCUUUCCUGUUGAAUCAUUGUCUUUGAAAAAGAUAUGUGAAGUAUUUUAUGACAACUGAAUAUGAAUGAUAUUAAAUAUGAAAUCUGGUUACCAUUCACUACGGAUUAUUUCAACUCUUUGUCUCAUUUUCUUUUGGCACCUGCUCUACAUUAAAGGCACUGCAGAGGAUAUCUGCCCUGCAGACUUCUCUUAUGCAAUGGAGCAGUAGUGACCUUGAAAUAUAGAG